UUCAAAGUUUCUCUCUAUAAAAACCCAAAUGUCUCACUAUAGCUUUUGUACCCAACAGUCGAGCAACAAAAACAUUUCAUUUGUACUAACCUCCAAUCCACUACUCUCCUCAUACUACUCUUUGUUGUUUCAUCGUGUGUCUAAUUUUCUUUAUUAUAUUAAGAAUGGAAAUGGUUGGCAAAAUUGCAUGCUUUGUGCUUUUGUACAUGGUGGUGGUUGCACCUUCUGCAGAGGCACUUAGCUGCAGCCAGGUUACAUCUGGCUUGGCUCCUUGCCUCCCUUAUCUGCAGGGUCGUGGCCCUCUCGGAGGCUGUUGUAGUGGAGUUAAGGAUCUGCUUGCUGCAGCCAAGACCCCAGCGGACCGAAAGACAGCAUGUACUUGCAUGAAAUCAGCAGCUAAUUCGAUUAAGGGCAUUGAUGCAGGCAAAGCAGCUAGUAUCCCUGCUACUUGUGGUGUUAACAUUCCAUACAAGAUCAGUCCUUCCACUGACUGCUCCACGGUCCAGUAGGGCUGAUCCCAAUCAUAAUUUGGUAUCAUGAUGAGGAGAAGAAUAAAGAUGGAUUAAUCCAGUUUGAUCAUGCUUAUGGAUCCAUCACUAUAUGUGUUGUCUCUUUUCUUUUCUAUUUGUGUCUGUUGCAGUACUCAUAUAUAGUCGGUCUUGUAAUGAACUUUGGUGAUUGAUUGUACUACUUAUCUUAAUAGUAAUGCGUAAUUUUACUA